CCUGCGACCACUAUGGAAUAAGUGGUAGAAAAUGACUGACUUACAGAGGUUUGAAAACAAAUGGAUAAAUCUAUUAUUAUUAUCUGUUUAAGGGGUGGUGUAUAUUUACUUAUGUGUGCAUAUACCUGCUGAUUUUUUUAUGUUAUUCUUGAGGAAUUUCCAGUAAAAUGUUUAUUUUAAUUACUGUACUUUAAUUCCCACAUACUUACCCACAUACUUUACUAAUUAGGUUUUGUAAAUGUUCCUAAUUCUGAGCACUCACCAUUAUCAAGAGAGUUUUGUGGAUAUUUCAGUUAAACUAACAUUAAUCUAGUGUAAAGAAUGACAGUGCUCUGUCGACAUUUUCUGUUAAAAACAGCAAGUUGUCGUCGUGACAAAAUCCUCCUUUUCACAUCUUUGCGUCUGCUUCUGCUCAGGAUGAUUUGUCGCAUGUGGCUUUCCGUAGCGCCACGCUCAGUAGGUGGAGAUUAUCCACGCAAAGGCACAGAGGUCAAGAGGAGGAGAGAGGGAAACCACGUGUGUUCACCACCACCACCAUGUACAGCUCUGUCCUUCCUCUGUAGCCUUGUUUUUGUAAGUCUCGGUUACCCUUCGCAUGUAGCCUCCCGACCCUGUGUGAUCCUCAGAAGCAGACCGGUUCUGAUUCUUGUUUUCUACCUCUACGAUAAGACGAGCCGCACACUGCUGAGAGCUGAAAGCUGCAGGGGGCGUUUCUGGAGCCACACACUGACUGCCGACCAUGGUGAGCAAGACCGAUGACAUCCCGGCGUCAGUCCCUGACUGUAAUCCGGUCGAUCUUCAGCGGGAUGGAGCUGGGGACGGAGCCCAGGAGGGCACAGGGACCAGUAAGAGCUGCGUGAAGGAGUCAUGUGGCUGUGGUCACAGUGCAGAUACAGCCAUGGUGAACGGUGAUGGCGCUCACACGGAGGAGGGAGAGUUAAAGCAGGACAGGAACAGCGAGGCGGAUGGCGGCGAGGACUCCAGUGAUCAGGAAGUGAUAGUGAUCCAGGACACAGGCUUCACCAUUAAGAUCCAGGCGCCUGGAACGGAGCCGUUCGACCUGCAGGUGUCCCCUCAGGAAAUGGUGCAGGAAAUCCACCAGGUGUUGAUGGACCGCGAGGACACCUGCCACCGCACCUGCUUCUCCCUGCAGCUGGACGGAAACGUACUGGACAACUUCGCCGAGCUCAAGUCCAUCGAGGGUCUGCAGGAGGGAUCGCUGCUCAAAGUGGUUGAAGAACCAUACACUGUGCGUGAAGCUCGCAUUCAUGUGCGCCACAUCAGAGACCUGCUGAAGAGCCUGGACCCCUCUGAUGCCUACAAUGGCGUGGACUGCAACUCCCUGUCGUUCCUCAGCAUCUUCACUGAUGGAGACCUCGGAGAUAGCGGCAAGCGAAAGAAGAAAGGCACCGAGCUGGAGCAGAUCGAUUGCACCCCUCCAGAACACAUCCUGCCUGGCAGCAAAGAGCGCCCCCUGGUGCCCCUCCAGCCACAGAACAAAGACUGGAAGCCUAUGCAGUGCCUGAAGGUCCUCACCAUGAGCGGCUGGAACCCUCCACCUGGAAACAGGAAGAUGCACGGCGACCUCAUGUACCUGUACAUUGUGACGGUGGAGGAGCGCCAUGUCAGCAUCACAGCCUCAACACGAGGCUUCUACCUCAAUCAAUCAACAACCUACACCUUCAACCCAAAACCAGCCAACCCCAGCUUCCUGAGCCACUCUCUGGUGGAGCUGCUGAGCCAGAUCAGCCCAGCCUUCAAGAAGAACUUCACCUCGCUACAAAAGAAGAGAGUCCAGAGACAUCCAUUCGAGAGGAUAGCUACGCCUUUCCAGGUGUACAGCUGGACAGCACCGCAGGUCGAUCAUGCUAUGGACUGUGUCAGAGCUGAGGAUGCCUACACCUCCCGCCUUGGUUAUGAGGAGCACAUACCGGGACAGACGAGAGAUUGGAACGAGGAGCUGCAGACCACCAGGGAGCUGCCUCGGAAGAACUUGCCUGAGCGACUACUGCGGGAGAGAGCCAUCUUCAAGGUCCACAGUGACUUUGCGGCUGCUGCCACUCGUGGGGCCAUGGCAGUAAUUGAUGGUAACGUGAUGGCAAUCAACCCCGGUGAGGAAACGCGCAUGCAGAUGUUUAUCUGGAACAACAUCUUCUUCAGUCUGGGUUUCGACGUGCGGGACCACUAUCGCGAGCUCGGUGGCGACGCCGCCGCCCAUGCUGCUCCAACUAAUGACUUGAACGGAGUACGAGCUUACGGGGCGGUAGAUGUGGAGGGUCUCUACACCCUGGGGACGGUGGUAGUGGACUACAGAGGCUAUAGAGUAACGGCACAGUCCAUCAUCCCAGGGAUCCUGGAGCGUGAGCAGGAGCAGAGCGUCAUCUAUGGCUCCAUUGAUUUUGGGAAGACUGUGGUGUCUCAUGACAAAUAUCUGGUGCUGCUUGACAAGACCAGCAGGCCAUUAAAGGUCCAGCAGCACAACGUGCUCAAUGAGAAGGAUGAGUCGGUGGAGUUGUGCUCCUCUGUUGAAUGCAAAGGCAUCAUCGGUAAUGAUGGCAGACACUACAUCCUGGACCUUCUCCGAACCUUCCCUCCUGAUCUGAACUUCCUGCCUGUGGAGGGAGAGGAGCUGUCUGCAGAGAGCCAGCGCCAAGGCUUCCCCCGGCAGCACCGUCAUCGCUUGGCUUGUCUUCGCCAAGAGCUCAUCGAGGCCUUUGUCGAGCACAGAUAUCUACUUUUUAUGAAAAUGGCAGCACUACAGCUAAUGCAGCAAAAGGCAAACAAGGACUCUAACAAAACGGACAUGCCUGCCAUUACCGAGACCUCAGAGACACCGACAGAUGGCAAGGCUGAUACGACACAGACUACUGCUGCAGAAGUGUCCACAGAUAGCACAGGCCCGGUUGACAACAGCGUCUCCACUGCCCCACAAGUGGCAACUGAAAGUGAAGAAAUCUCUUCAAAGCCCACAACAAACGGGCCUGUAGACCCCGCAGGCACCCAGAACGGGGAAUGCAAGAGCCCACUGGAGGGUAAGGAGCUUGAGGAAAGUAUUCCAGGAUUAGCUCAGGCCAAAGAGCUGGCGGAGACCUUAGUGUCCGAAGAUGGAUCUGGUAUUGAUCCCAAAAGCCGCGAGGUGGUCCUCAAUGCCUGCAAGGCCGUAGGGUCCGUCAGCACCACUUCAUUUGAUAUUCGCUUCAACCCAGACAUCUUCUCCCCAGGGGUGCGUUUUCCAGACGACGCCUUGGAGGACAUCCAGAAGCAGAAGCAGCUCCUCAAAGACGCCGCCGCCUUCCUGGUGACCUGUCAGGUCCCGUCUCUGGUUAAAGACUGCUUGGACCAUAGCACUCUGCCCAUGGAUGGAGCCACACUAACCGAGGCCUUGCACCAGAGAGGCAUCAAUGUCCGCUAUUUAGGGACGGUUUUGGAGUUUGUGGACAAGACCCCAGCUAAAGCCCAGCUCGAGCACUUCUACAGAAUAGGGGUCAUUGAGCUGAUCACAAGGUGUGCAAAACAUAUCUUCAGGACAUACCUCCAGGGUGUGGAGUUAUCAGCUCUCUCUGCUGCCGUGAGCCAUUUCCUCAACUGCUUCCUGAGCUCCUUCCCUGACGCUGUCGCACACCUGCCUGCCGACGAGCUAGUGUCGCGUCGCAAAAGCCGCAAGCGCCGCAACAGGGUCCCCGGCGGCGGCGACAACACGGCGUGGGCCAGCCUGACGCCCAGCGAGCUGUGGAAGAACAUCGCCGCUGAGGCUCAGAGCUAUUAUUAUUUCAAAAUACAGUGUGAGAGCGCCGACCAGGUUGUGGAGAAAUACGGCCUUCAGAAAAUCACCCUGCUUAGAGAAAUUUCUGUCAAAACUGGCAUACAGAUCCUGCUGAAGGAGUAUAACUUUGACAGCCGUCACAAGCCUGCCUUCACAGAGGAAGACAUCCUGAAUAUUUUCCCCGUCGUGAAGCACGUGAACCCCAAAGCCUCAGACGCCUUCCACUUCUUCCAGAGUGGCCAGGCUAAAGUGCAGCAAGGGUUUCUGAAAGAGGGCUGCGAACUGAUCAACGAGGCUCUGAACCUCUUCAACAAUGUCUACGGGGCCAUGCACGUGGAGAUCUGCGCCUGCCUACGCCUGCUGGCCCGCCUUAAUUAUAUCAUGGGAGACCACCCUGAAGCUCUCAGCAACCAGCAAAAGGCAGUUCUGAUGAGUGAAAGAGUCCUCGGCAUCGAGCAUCCCAACACAAUUCAAGAAUAUAUGCACUUGGCUCUUUACUGCUUCGCCAACGGCCAGCUUUCAACCGCCCUGAAGCUGCUUUAUCGGGCUCGUUACCUCAUGCUGUUGGUUUGCGGGGAGGACCACCCAGAGAUGGCACUAAUAGAUAGUAAUAUUGGGCUUGUGCUUCAUGGAGUGAUGGAGUACGAUUUAUCGCUGAGAUUCCUGGAGAACGCCUUGACCAUCAACACAAAGUAUCACGGAGCUCGUUCCCUCAAAGUAGCCCUCAGCCAUCAUCUGGUUGCGAGGGUGUAUGAGAGUAAGGCAGAGUUUCGCUCUGCUUUACAGCACGAGAAGGAGGGGUACACCAUUUACAAGAACCAGAUGGGCGAGGCACACGAAAAAACCAAGGAGAGCUCAGAGUACCUGAAGUAUCUGACCCAGCAGGCUGUAGCUCUUCAGAGAACCAUGAACGAGAUCUACAAGAAUGGCUCCAACGCCAGCAUCAUGCCACUCAAGUUCACUGCUCCCAGUAUGGCCAGCAUCCUGGAACAGCUCAACAUCAUCAAUGGCAUCAUCUUUAUUCCACUCAGUCAAAAGGAUCUGGAGAACCUGAAGGCGGAGGUGCAGAGGAGGCAGCAGUUGCAGGAUCUGGGAAAGAGCGAGGAGCCCUCUGAGGGCAGCCCACUUGAACUAGAAGACAAAAUCCCCGUUGAUUAACAUUCAGUAGCUCCAGACACAGCUGCUUUCUACUGAAAGAAAAGGGGAGCAAGAGAGGCUGUGAUGCAACAGCCAAGUGAUGGAGCCUGUGGACCUGAAAACUAAGUAAAUCAACUUUGAAAUGAACACGGUGAGGGUGGGGUCAGAGAAGUCCUGGGAAGAAAAACCGUAUGGACUAUAGGACAAAUGAAUACAGGAUAAGGAGUUUCCUACAAAGUAGGAGAGGGAGGGAGGAUAAAUUACAAAUGACAAUAGAUUCAGUGUAAAGGUGCAGUCAGAAUAAUCCUGGGCUCGAGAACGUGGUGACUUUCCUGAAAGUGUCGACUGCAUAGAAAAAUUAUGUUUGAAAGAAUGGCUGCAACUGGAGGAAAGAACAAGAAUGACCAUAACAUUAUGUACCAGAGCCUUAUCUGCCACAUCACCGGGCCCAAAUCAUAGAAGACCCCCCCCCCCACCCUAACUUCUCAAAGGUGCUCUGAAUGAAACCGCACCAAGCCUGCCCGAGAACUCAGGGCUUGUUACUACUGUGCACUGACAGACCAGAAUAAAGGCAGUUAACUAGAGAUUUGUUGCCAACGGGCCUCAGAAUGUAAACUUACAUCUUUAUACCCUCUUUAAGUCACUUUGUAGCAAUCAGACCUCAUCUUUACACCUCCCUGAUGAGUCAUGAAUUUGUUCUGUCAGUUGUAUGUGCUACUUCCCAGGACGGUGCCCAAACAUGUCCUGUUGAGCAAGCCCUCACCAUAGCGAGCUUUGAUCCGAUUAAUUUGAUUUCAUUUGAUAGAUUUUUUUUUUUGUUUGUUUCUUUUAUGCGUCGGUAAAUUUAAGCCAUGUCUAUUUUAUGGAAAUGUAUAGAAGGGGGGAAAGAGAUGUAUAAAUCUUGAUUGGAUUUAAACAGGUACUUCGUGUUAAGGGAAAACCCAGAUCUUCAGUACGUCCACUUUAAACCGUAGAUAUAUCCAGAUAUAUAUGAAUAUAUAUAUACUAGCUGUGUUCAAUCUUUUAUUUUUACAAUCAAGCAGAAUAUACAUGCAUGUGUGUUUGACGGUGUGCGUCUUCGUGUGUAGUCUGACGGAAAAUCUGCCGAGCAGGACUGUUGCUUUCCAAAUGUUUUAUACCACUGCACACAUUAAAGCUGUUAAGUCGCUGAUGUGUAUUUUCUUAAAAUAUUCAUGGCCAUAGAUUGUUGUAAAUCUGCUUAUGUAUGAGGUUGGUUGCUCUACUUGCCACUGCACAAGCGCUCACUUUUGGGCUGUUUUUGUUUUAUUAUUUUGUUCUGGCUUUCAGAGAUUUAAAAACCAGCCAGGGUUAAGCAGCACUUUUUUUUUGUGCAGCUGCAUGACCAAAAGUGGGCAAAAGCAGGUAUGAUGAUGCAAAAAAAAAAAAAAAAAAGAGCGAUAAAGAUAUGUUUGCAUACAUGGAUUGUUUCCCAUCUCUUGUAAUUUACUUCAUUGUUGCAGUGUGUAGAUGUGUGAUUAAAGCAAUAGAGAGAGGGUGCUGGAGUUUUUGAUUGUUUGUAGAAAAUGUUUGUUUUUUUUUACUUGGCACAAGCCAUGCAAAAUGGACUACUUUGAAUUUCAGGAAGCCUUGUUCAGAAGUAAACGUCAAGCUUUUCACAAUACUAUCAUCCUUUCUCCUAAAACUUGUCACAUCAGUUGCAUGGCCUGUACAUGGCCUCUUAUGUAUGUUCUUGAAAGCAACUUAGUCCAUGGGGGGGUGAUCUUUAGCAGAAGAUAAAGCUGACACUUCCCUCUAUUUUUUUUUUUUUUCUUUUGAAUCAGAUUUUCUUUCUUUAAUUUUAAUUUGUUCAUGUACUUUCUCAACAGUUUCACCAACAGUGUCCAUGAGGGGGCGCCAUAACUUAUUUUUUUUUUUGUAGUGAGGACGUGGUAGAAAACAAAAAAUGUGCUGCAGGUACACACAUUCUUUCUUUUGACAAAAUCUGAUUAAAAAAACCAUUAUAUAAACCAUUGUUGUCUACAAACCCAUGCUGAAAACAUUACCAGAUCACAACAGAUGGGAUAACCGAUCUGUUAGAUAAUUGACAAAAGGAAAUACCAUGUAUGCACUCAGUUGGCCUGAAUGGGAAGCAUGUGUGAAUAAUGUGUAUUUGACAAUAAUGUCCAAACUGUUUUACCGUAUUCAGCAGAGAAGGAAAAAUCAUGAAAAAAUGACAUUUCUGAUGAAUUCCACUUCAUGUCAAUUAAAGGUUUUAUGAAUGUGUAGUGACUGAAUCCAUGACCCCCGGCUCUGUGUCUGGUAUUGGUAUGAUGCUCUUUACAUAUCUAAUUAUUUUUUUGGUCUGACUUCUUUUAUAAUAAAUAAAAUAAUUUAGUGAAA